AUGGUAGGUUCUUUACCUCCAGAAAGUGGAAAUCUAAAGGCUGCGACACUAAUAGAUUUGUCAAUGAAUCAAUUUUCAAAUAGAACUCCAAGAGAAAUUGGAGGAUUGCAGAAUCUGGCACACCUUUCUUUGAGACAAAACAAUUUGCAAGGAGCUAUACCUGACUCAAUGAGCAACAUGGUAGGUUUGGAAUUCCUAGAUCUUUCUCAAAACAAUAUAUCUGGAAUCAUUCCUAAGUCUUUGGAGAAACUUCAAAACCUGAAGUAUUUCAAUGUUUCUUUCAACAAAUUGUAUAGAAGAGGUAAAAGUGCUCCUCAACAAGCCGAGUCAUUGUCUACCGUAACACGAGAAAGAAUUUCAUACUAUGAACUGCUUCAAGCAAUGGAUGACCUUAGUGAGAGUAAUCUGAUUGGUUUUGGAGGUUUUGGCUCUGUUUACAAAGGUGUUCUUAGAAGUGGAACUGUCAUUGCAGUUAAAGUGUUCAACCUGCAACUGGAUGCAGCAUUCAAGAGUUUUGAUAUGGAAUGUGAAGUUUUGUGUAGCCUUCGUCAUAGGAAUCUUGUAAAAGUCAUUACAAGUUGUUCCAAUCUUGAUUUUAAGGCUUUAGUUCUUGAUUAUAUGCCUAAUGGGAGUCUUGAGAAGUAUUGUAUUCGCACAACUACUUCCUCGACAUCAAGCAGAGCCUAA